AUGCUCGUAGCCAUGGCAUUUGCUCCGGCCCCCUUCGCUACUCCCUCUGCCUCCAUUCCGACACCGAGAAGCCUCUUCCUGUGCCACCCUCAGCUUCCGUCUCCCUUUUUCUCGAGCAGGCUCAAGGAGACGAGCGUCGCUGCUCCCCUUGAGUUAUCCAGCUCCGCCUCGCUGAGAUGGAGGACUGGGGUUUCCUUCUUCCCUUCGUUCCUCAAUAAGAAGGCCAGGUCCCGCGAGGAGAUCAAGGAGGAGCUUCUUGCGGAAAUCGCGCCACUCGAUCGCGGUGCUGAAGCCACUGACGAAGACAAAGAAAGGAUCGAUCAGAUAGCAUGUGAGAUUGAAGCAGUAAAUCCGACUAAGGAGCCUCUCAAAUCAGAUUUGUUGAAUGGAAAAUGGGAGCUUAUAUUCACAACUUCGAGAUCAAUUCUGCAAGUCCAGAGACCAAAAUUUCUACGACCCAAUGGAAAGAUCUACCAAGCAAUUAAUGCUGAUACCUUACGAGCUCAAAAUAUGGAGACCUGGCCCUAUUUUAACCAGGUAACUGCUAACUUGAUUCCCCUAAAUGCUAGAAGAGUGAAAGUUCAAUUUGAUACUUUCAAAAUACUAGGAUUGAUUCCAAUAAAAGCCCCUGGAAGAGCCAGCGGUGAAUUGGAGAUUACUUACUUGGACGAGAUGAUCAGGGUCUCUAGAGGUGACAAAGGGAACUUAUUCAUAUUGAAGAUGGUUGACCGAUCAUAUAGAGUUCCACUUUAAUGUUGACAAAGUCUGGUCGCCUAAUCAUGUAUGAUGACGAACUUAAAGGAUUCCCUCUCGCGCACGCACCAUAAAAAAAAUCCAACAAACAGAGGUGACAGGAGGAUCUACCUAUGAGAAGCAGGCCGAUCGAGAUGUUCCAAGUCAAAAUUGGCUGCGAGUUUGAGGGCACCCGAAUCAUGGCGCCAUUUUAUAUUUAUAUAUUGAAGAAUACAAAUGGCGAUCCACCGGGUUUGAACCAUACAUAACAAAAGCAUGAAGGCUACGGAGCGAGGGAAAGGAUUAGGGUGCAGGCUUUUGCGUACGACGCCGUCUCCCGCUACGCCAUUUUGUUCCCCUGUUGCUGUUGACACGACACGCACGAGGAAGGACGGAGAAGAAGCAUAAGCGGUGGCCUAUCGGGCCCCCCCUCGUACGGACCUUGACUAGAAGGCAGGGCCAGUGGCUGGCUGGCUGGCUGGCUGUGGCAGGGCCUAGCAGCUCUGGUUCGGGCAACAAACCUCGUCGGGAUUCGUGCGCCCGCCACCGUCAUGCCGCCCGUUUCCAGCGAUCCCACACCACGUUCUUCUUUAUCCAAAUCUACAUCGCUCGGAUUCUAAAUAGGAAUUCUCUGACAGGGAUAUAAAUUCAAAUGCCUGCUGUAUAUAUUUCUCUUAACUUUUGGACGUCGUCCCCGCCUUCCUGUUUUAUGUUAAGACAGGACGUGCAUGCCUAUUCAAGGUUCACGGCUGGAUCCUUUUUCUGAUAAGACGGCUCGAAAGAGACAGCAACAGUUAAACUUUUCCACAGUUGUUUUGUUCCCAUGGCGAUUCUUGUUUACGUCAAGUGUUGGUGCAGAGAGAGGGAGGGGGGAGGAGACGAGAGUUGGCGUGGCUUUGAAUAUGAUUUGAUGCAAGUUUAGUCAGUUUUGCACUAGCCUAAUCGUAUCAUAUUUUCAGUCAGUAAAUCUAACUAUCAGUAAUGAAUGACCACUACUUGAGUUUUAGAGCUUCGCUCAGAAGGUAACUUGUUGCCUCUCACCCUUUGAGCUUCACUACUGGCGGUCGUCUUCUUCUCAAGUUCGUUGGCUUUCUCACUCGACUGCACUGACACUUCGCUCGAAGGGCACUGGUAACUUUCGUCUCAGCUUCUUCGCGUGAGGUACGUCGAUGCUUCUUCAUUGUUUAGCUUUUUCUUAAAUUUAGCUUCUUCCAUAGACUUUGGCUGGCUUUUUCUUCCAUUGUAUCGGAUUACGUAGGCAAAGUGAGUUUACCUAAUGCCUUAAGAUUUAGCAGUCAUGUUUGAGAUUUCAGAAUCUGUAAAUAAAACUAGGAAUACAAAUCGGUGUGAGCUAUGAACGAUCGAACUGUAACUGUCUACGUCUUGUGAACUGUGAAUGUCUCACAUGCUUCUCCAGAUUACAACAUUAAAGUAAAAAUAGUUAAGAGAGUAGAGUUACUAAGGGAAAGAUUCUGAAUCCAUGAAUUAGACCUUGUGCGACGAACGCCUAUUAUGAAAGUCGAUUUAGUUCCAUUUGUAGCUAAGUACAUGAAUCACAACAAGUGUUCUCUCUUUUUACCAUUGAGAAAACAUAGUAGAGAUCAUUGAUGGUGGCUGAAAAGAAAGGAACAUUUGGCGAGAUUUAAAAAAUAUAAAGGUUUGUCCUAAUAUUAAGAAUAAUUCUAAAUAGUGUAUUAUGUUUAUGUAUUAACCGUUAAAUUUAAGGUGAUUACUGUUGGAUAAACUUAAUUAUAUAUGUAAAAUAAAUAAACUUUCUCUUAUCAUCCAUCUAUUUGCUUUCUAUUGGAAUGACCUACCACUCAAAAGCAAUAAAGUAAAGAAAUUAAAAUUGAAUUAUAUCCCUCUUCUGACCAUGAAAUUUGUUUGUUAAAUAAAAGAUAUUGUCCUCUGAGUCAUUUUUAUCUACCAAAGCUUCUCCUUCUCCAUCCUUGAAAACCAUAAACUUUGUUGGAUGAGUUUUAGUCCUAUUUGAUAAAUUCAUCCUUAUUGUUGAGAAAUCAAUGUUUAGGACGAUAUCAAAUGAAAGAGUUUCAAAAUCUUACCGUUAAGAAUAGCUACAAUUAAAUUCCUCUUUGAUUAUUCUGCUUAGUGUCCAAACAACUAACUGCUCACGAAAGAAGGAACAGGGAUGAUAACUAAUAGUCUUUUACUCCUAGAAUAAUAGGCAUAGCAAUCAACAAUCCUUGCCACAAAAGAAGGCUAUCAAUUACUUUUAGAGUGAGGAAGAUGGAAAGGAUAAGGUUUAGUUCUGUAGAUCCUAUGUCACGGUAUAUAUGUUUGAGUUAAUCGAGUGAGCAAGACCACAGUCAAGAGACAAAGGGAAGACACAAACUCAUAGUAGUUGGAGGGAUUUACAAUUUCUCACUUGGUAGGGAUCAUAAUGGAUGAAGAAUUGUUAUGUUAGGAAUGGGAUAUGGAUCAAUUUAAAAAAAAAAUAAAGUAUGAUAAGUUGACUUGUUUCACUCUAAAUUUCAUAAUUCAUAGAUAAUAUACUUUACCUAUUGUGGAUGUAUAUAGACACUCAUCUCCCCAUAUAUUGCACGGGAUUGUUGUUGGCACUUUUUUGUUGUUUUGUAUUGUGUUGGUGCUUUUUAGAUAUCGUAGUUGUCGCACAUGACAAUGAUGAGCUUUACCGUUCGUGCAAGAAUUAUAAUUAUGUCAUAGAACAUUGUGGAAAAGUAUGUGCAUCACCCCUAGAAAAGUGUAGAACUUUUUCCCAUUGGCCAAUCAUGUAUUUAGAUAUGCACUUGAUGCAUAUAUAAUGUUAUAGAUAUGGAUUAUGACUCCUACAAAGCAAUUGAUUUCGAUAUCAUUUUAAGUGGAUAAUACUAGUCUAAUGUUCAUUCCAUAUAGUUCAUAAUACAAUAUAUAGUUCAUAAGACUAUUCCUGAUUUAUCUGUUUGUAUUUUAUCAUAGGGCCGGUGAUACUAGGUUGUUUGGGGUGAGCGAUAUCACUUUUUCUCCAAUAAUACAAUAAUCUUGAUAAAGAUAUCUCUUUAAAUAAUUUAUAGAUAAUCUAUGAAAUUCUUAUUGUAUGUUUAUGCUUAUAAAUCUCUUUAUGUUGAACUUGCACCCCUUAUAUGUACCAUCAAAUCAUUAAUGGAGACUUGUUAUAUAUAUUAGUUGUUUUUUAAUUGAUUUUUUUAUAACUAUAUGAACUCUUAGCUUUUUCGUAUCUUAUUCUUAACUUGUUAUAGGAAAACUACUUAGCAACAUGUAUUUCAAUUAUUAACAUUUUAGUAGAAUGGUUUUGAAAAUAAUUAUGCUCAAAGGGUUAUAUAUAUAUUGGAUUGGGUGCAACAUUAAUUGUUUGAUUCACUUUCGAAUUAAUAACUUAAGAGUAAGACUAAGUCAUCAUCUAAUAUAUGUUUAAUAAGUGUGGAGUUUUGUCCACAACAAAAAACACAAGAAGAAACAACUUGUUAUACAAACUCUUAUUGUAAGGACAUCUCUAAUAGUUAGAGCUCUAAAUGAGAUUUUUUUUUAUUAUCCCAAUGUCACAUCAACAAUAUGUAAGCUUAUUGAAACAUCUUCAAUGGUUAGAGCUGUAAAUAAGCUUCUUUUUUUUUAUCGAAUUUAUAGCAUGAAUUACAUGGUUUCAUGUAUAUUGUAUCAAUUUUGAGACAAAAGAGCAAGUUUGAGUUUUCACUACUAAUCUUAAACUAUAAAUCUCAAACCUCACUUCUAUAAUGAUUAAAAGUUUUUUAUUCAACUUUUUAAAUUUUACAAAUCUCUUGUAAAUCUUAAAUGCCCUUAUGUCUGUCUUGGUUUAUUGCAGUAACGUAUAAGUCAAAUUUUGGGGAAUGUUGAUUCAGAAGCAAUUAAUGUGAUUUCUCUACUUUUCCAAUCAUCUGACUAGAACUUUUCAAACCAUUGAACUUUACUAUUUCUACAGUGGUAGAGGUUUGACACGAUAAGUAAAGCAAAACCUCGAAUAGCACACCCAAGCUAUCUGAUGGUAAUCAAAUAUUGAAAUAGUCGCAAUGAAAAAUAUUUUACAUGCGAAGACUUGAAGAUGCUUGAUUUUGUAUUUAAGAGAUUAUCAUAAUAACAUGGGAAUUUAGGUUGCAUAGUCAUAACUUUAAAUAGAUUAUGUAAUUUUACUCUUGUUUUGAAUGAAUGAAUAACCUUGUGUUCUCUAAUAUUCUUCAUGGUUUUUUAGUAAAGUGUUUUUUUCUCACUCUUUUAAAUGUGAAUUCCUUGAUAAUUACUCCGUUUUUUCUCUUCUUGAUGGAUUGCUUAUAAAAAGAAUGGUUCUUCUUCAUUUGGUUGGGCUGUUUACUAUAGUAUCGAUUACUAUCUCAUCAUCCAUUAUUUUUUUCCUCGUACAUCCAGUGUUAGAAAUUAUAGUAUCUCGAACUUUGAUAUUCUCUUGAUAGUUUCCAUCUUUCUGAUUCUUUUAUUGGUGCUUGAUCAGGAAUUUUAAUCUACUGUUUCCCCUAUAAUCUAUCAAGUUUUUAAAGGAAGGAUCCUUGAAAUAGUAAAGUUGUUGAAAGGAGCUUUGAUCUUAUAUCACUAAGAAGACACAUAAUUCCUACUCUUUCUUCAUGAAACUUCAAAAUGGUAUUUAAUUUUUGAGAUAAUUUUAAUGUUAUACCAGUGCUUUAACUUCAGUAACAUAUUGCUGAAUUCUCACAAGAAUUCUUCUUCAUGCAUGAUUAUGAUACAUAACUCUGAGAUAUCUUAUGGACCAACUCAAUAUAAUUUUCUUAUCAAGAAAAAAAUGGAUAAUGAAAAUCAGAUAUUAGCUAAUGUUUUAAGAAGAUAUAGAUAUUUCCUUGCUAUGAUGCAAAUGAGGUUUGCUGGAUUUAAAGUGCUCAGCUUUAUGCUAAGAAAUGCUCUCACAUUCAUCAAUGUUCUUUGUGCAUCCAAUUUUAAAGCUAGGAAUUCUGAUGAUGUUUGUGAUGGACAUUUUGUUCGAGAAGAAUAUUUAUACUGACUAAUUUUAUCUGUUUAACGAUAAACCAACCAUGAUUUGCACAUCUGAAUGGUGAAGAAGUUUCCUCCCAUCUCUUUGAUAUCUUCCAGACUUGCACAAAGGUAAAUUGUCUCCUCCCUUGUCAAUCUGCUGAUAUUCCUGACAACAAAUUAAACGCUAAACUUUCUAAAAAUCUUCUCUGGUCUUAUUAUGGCACUUUUAGAAACUAAAACAUGAGACCUAAAUUGCUAUCUCCAAAGGGAUUCAUCAGAAGAAAAUAUAUAUAUUACUAAAUUGUCAAUAAAAGCUCUAUCUGCAACUAAUAUGAUAGAAUAUGUUUUCUGCAUGAGAUACAUCUUCUAUAAUGUGAUCUGUUCUAUUAAAGUUAGCACUUUCAUAGUUAAUUAAAUUAAUUAUUCCAUAUUUGAAUUUGCAAACUUGUUACAUUAGGGUUCAUAUAUAUAUAUAUCACUCUUCAGGAGGCAACUUCAGGUUAAUUCCAGUUCACUUAGAUUAUUCAGAUGAUAGACAGUUAUGAAUGCAAGUUCUGCCAUUAUUAUUAUUAUUAUUGCGUCUAGGUUAAUUUGCAUGAUUAAUUACCCAUAAUUUUUUGUUGAAAAAAUUGCAUGACUUGAAUUUAACAUUAACAUAUUAGCAAUUGACAGUAGAUAUUAGCCUGUAAUGGAAGUGUUCAAUUUCUCAGAAUCAUUGUGUAAAAGCACAAAUAUAAAUCAUUCAAUACCUAAUUAAUUAAGCUUCUUUCAGAGAAACUACUUUGAGGAAAUAAUAAACUUAUCUCAUUUAUGAUUUCGUUGGAACAAAUUUCCUGAACACACAAUUCACAUAAACUUAAGAUCAGUGAUAUAUAGCUUGUUUAAUAUUUUAUGCCCUCAGUGUUUCGAAGCUUAGCUAUUACAGUUCGAGUAGUUCUAAUUAGUUUCCAACAGUAUCAGAGGAAAAACUUGCAAGAUUGUUGAAGUUUAAGCUACAAAUCAACAAUUAGUUUCUUCUUUAUAUCACAAACAUUUAGCCAGAUGCCUAGUCACAUCAAGUUUACAGUAGGCAUGAUCAUAUUAAAAAUGAAAAUUAAGCACACUGAUAAACUAGCUAGCAAACUAGAUUAUAAGAGCACUAGAAUCAUAAGGCAAUAAGUUUGAUAAUAUUACUGAUUGGGACGAUAUCGAUUAUUCUAUGAUCUUGAGUACAAGGAAAGGGUUUCCAUCUCCCACUGUUCUUCAAAGAUGUAGCUGGCGAAGUUCAUUUCUGCCAUGGUGGCCGGACCAUUGCCGAAGAUGGGGCCUUCCUCGCUCGAAUGGUUGGGCGGUGGCACACGAAGGUCCCCUUGCACCUCUUGAUCAGCAAACUGAUCGAGUAGAGUCUUCAAAUCGAACGAGCUCACGUCGACCCUAGUGGGAUCCAGGGCGAUCGGGAAGGAAGAAGACAGCAUCCUUCGCUUCACGCUGGUCCUCUCCCUCGCCCUCUCCCGCGCCUUCGCUCGCAGUUCUUUGGCCUGCGCCGAGUGGAGCUCGGUCUUCUUCGCGGGCUUUAUGGCUUCUUUCUUUGAUUUCGUCUUGGACGACGACUUGGUAGCUUUCCUAGACCCGGAGGCAUCAUCGCGAGGUAAGGCUGUUGAUGAUCCAGUGCUCCUCAGGCUCUGGUUGCCCGAACAUGUCCCGUUCUUGGAUGAGGAAACGAAGGCGAGUUCUUUAAUGGCCGCUUUGGACAUGGUGAGGAGCCAUUGCACCGUCUUGCUGGCCUUGUCGAACCCGAGCAUGUCCUGAAGCCGGAAGAAGUUCCUCGCCACGUCGAUCGAAAGCCGCAUCCUGCGGUCCCUCGGCCCCUUCGCCGUGCAUAUCUUGCUGUGCCUCCCCUUUCUCGUACCUUUCUGAACUGAUCUCUUAUCCUCUGAUCUCCUCGAGCCCUCGGCACCAGCAGCUGCCGCAGCAGCAGGAAGAACACUUGCACUUGCAUUCGCGACGGCAGCCGAACCGAAGACGAUCCGGCCGUCGAAGCCAGCUGCGGUAGUACCGUAAAAAGCAGGAACAGUACUAGAAGGGAAGUAGGAGAAGCUCGGAAGCAAAUUAGGGUUUAGCUCCAGUUGCCGAUCGUGAUCAAAAGGCAGCAUUUUUCUAUAAAGCGAUCGAAGAUGAAGCGACUCGAAGGCGACGACGGAGUAGCGGCCGUGAAGCAGCAGUAGUAGUGGUAUUUAUCAUGAAAUCAAAAAGCCAUAGAUAGAUAGAUAGAUAUGGCUGGCUGGCUAUACGUUCUUCUUUUCAUCAAUGGGUCAAGAGGAAUGUGGGAGUGGAUAAAAUGGACUAGCUAGCUAGCUGCAUCAUAUACUUAAUUGGGGUUUGAGUUGAAAGGUGGUGAGAUCAAAAACAACGACUGUUUAUAUUACAA